AUGCCACCGCUGGAGGCACACAAUCAGCGAGGCCCGAAAAGAAGAAAGCUGCGUGACCACGACUCGUUGAGCCUUGGCAACUGCUACUAUGAUUGUGAGGAUCGAGGAUACCAUCUUGAUCCCGACGUUCGCGUCGGCCUUGAAGCCCCCCACGACGACCGUUAUUGGCUUCCAGAAGGCGAACUUACCGAUCCUACGGCAAGCGAAGAAGAGCUAUUUCCGUGGCUCGAAUACUACUCUGCUGGAACGAUUGAAAGUCCGGAGCUCCCAACAUUACCGGCAACGUGGAAAACAAGCGGCAUCUUCACGAGAAAGGAAACUCGACGCCCUCCUCAAAUCGACUUACUCACAGAUUCUGUCUCCUCUCUGCUGCCUUCCAUCCCGGCUACCACGAAUGCGACACCCAUAAUCAAGAUCCCGGGCUGUCAUUUGGAGUCUUCAAUGAACAGACACCUCCCAGAAUACUACUCAGACUACCUGAAUGAUGUCGGGAUUCCGAGUCCUCUGCUGUACCACAACUCACAGCUCCAGUACGUUCCUCCAUCCGAUGAUGCUCGGCCAAACUGGAGUAAUCCGUGCUUCGAAUUUGCCUACGGUCAACAAAAGCUAGAACCCGACUUCACUAGUUACCGCCCUACUGCGGGCGGCUCUAUUCAGGCUGAACGUGCAGGUCUCCCACGUCGCGAAAGUUUAGGCUUUGCUCUUUGCACGGCAGCAUCAUCCAGACACAAACCAGAAGCAAGUCACAUCUCAGACGAGAGUCAUGAUUCAUCAACCCAUGGGGAUCUUCCUUCUUCACCGGUGGAUUGCCCCGACUCUCGAGGAGCAACAGGGAAUAUCCAAUAUCACUCAAGUACGGGCGACGUCGACAAUGCCCAGUUAUUCACCUCCGAUGGCCCUGAGCCCUUCUGGUAUCAUGAUUAUCUAAAACGGCGGAACUCGCGACGGAAAGAAGCAAAUGUGCCUCGUGAUGUUGGCCUCUACGCUGCCGACUCCGCCCUGCCAAACACCGUUCAGUCUGAGGCAAAUCAAGCUAGCAGCAAUUGGGAGCAAACGCGGGAAUGUUUACUGUCAUCUCCCGAGCUGAUUGACAAACCUCCGCCGCGGUCUAUUCCAGACGCAGUAGUGGCAGCAAUUCGUGCAGUCCGCAGGAGCCGUGAGGCGCAGGCAACUCGACCGUCUCCAAGUCGCAAAGAAGACAGAUCCACCUCCGGCGAUGCACAGUCUGGUGCAACAGCCAAGGUCGCAUUUUUGCCGUGCACGGAUUUGGUCCCAGCACGACUGUACCAACAUCAAUUCGUCGCGUGGCCCCCGUCAAUCUCCGCUGCCAAUAUCACCGAGAAACUCGAUGACAUUUCUGCCGUCCUCAAAGCGAUAGACUGGCUGGACGAAUUGGAUAUGCUGAAACCGCAUGCUGGUGGCAAGCCGGGUCUAUCUGCUCCCUCGCUGCGACCUGAUGGACAUGAAUCCGACUCGAGCACCGAUCUUUUCACCCCGGAAGCUACCUCGAGUCCAGUCUCUACUGUCCCAAUAGAGUGUCACGGCGCGCUGUUGGUCGAACAAGCAGACUCAGGAAGAUACGAUGGAGGAUUCUUCACUGACGAUGAACGUUAUUCGGAGGUCGGCUUCCUGGACGAAACCCUCUGCGAGGAGGACUGGGCCAAUUGGGAGUGGGAUUUUGAGGAGGAUGUGGAUGAAAGGAUCGGGCUCUUUGCCACCGAGUGGGAGGCAGCAAGUGAGGAACGCAUUCUAUGA